UUUGCGUGAAAUCUCGGCUUGUCAGUUGUUCUCUGUUCAAAGAGAUCACAAAAAACAUUUUUUUUACAUUUUAGUUUUUAGUUAUUUUAUUAAGCAAAAAUUUAUAAAAUUUAUUAUUUAUUUUAAUUGUUAAAUAUUCAUUCUAUAUAUUACAUAUAUAUUUCAAAAAAUACAUCUUGAUAUAUUGUAUAAAUCGAUUAAAAGAAACACCUCACUGACAGAAAAAUCCAUGAAGAUGGAGGCGGUUGAAAUAAAAACUGAACCGUUGGAUGAAUAUUUCAAUCAAAUUCCUCAAGAAGAAGUCAUAAUUAAAUCUGAAAAUGAAAUGGAUUAUAAUUGCCCAUUAGACAUACAUUGCAGGGAACCUGAAGUACAAAUAAAUGAAGGAUUGCUGGAUAUAAAAGUUGAAAUCACAAAAGAACCAGAAGAACCAACCACACCAAAGCGAUCUCCAAAAGAAGAUUGGCUCCGCGAAGAAACAAACUCUGACAUUGAUUGUAAUCAUUGUAAAUUUUGUAAUAUGUUCUUUAAAAGUCGCACAACUCUCAAACUCCAUGAAAGAAAUUGCCCUCAAAAAAAUGAUUGUAGAUUAUGUGGUCAGAAAUUUAUAACAUCUUAUGCACUUAAUACGCAUUUGAAUAAAGUCCAUAACCGGGAUGCUGACUAUGUUUCUCCACAAAAAGAUAUAAAAAGAUGCAAAUUAGGUCGACCUCCUAAUAUCGACAGUGGUAAUCAGAAUUACAUAUGUGAUAUAUGUAAUUUAAAAUUUGCAAAUUCAAGAGACCUGAAUAAUCAUAUAAAAAAGCAUAAUACCUGCCAGCAAUGCGGAGAACAUUUUAAAUCAUAUGAUGAUGUUAAGCAGCAUAUUUGUGAAAAUGCUCCCGUAAAAGAAGAAGUUCAAAGUGAUACUGAGACUCCAACAAAAAAAAUAUUUAAAGCAACAAAGAGCAUGGUUGUAAUUCCAGGCGAGCAAGCUCAUACUCCGGUUAAGUUGAGCGCCAAAGCUAAAAAUGCGAGACCAAAAAAACGGAAAUCGCGAGUGUUAUCCCAGAAAAAUUCAAUUGAAGCUUCUUCUGACACCGAAAAUGGAAAUAUUUCAUCGUAUAAUUCAAGUCCUAAAAGUGGUUUUUCAGUCGUAACAAAAGAUACUGAUUUUGAAGCAUUCGCCCAACAAAUGAUGAAGGGACUUACAGAUAUUCCUGAAUCUUCGCCCAAAUUUAAAAAAUCUGAACCAAUAUCAGACCGGAUUUUAAGAAAAUUGCAAAUUUCGACUGAAGGAGAUAAUAAAAGUAAUGAUUGUGUACAAAGUGAACUUACUACAAAAGCCGAAUCAAAUACAAAUACAGCUGAUAAUGUUAUUGUAGAUUCCGAGGGAAACGUUUACACAAUUUUAAAAGAAAAUUUUGUAAGUGAAACACCAUUUAUCAAAGAAGAACCCAUCGAUGAUUUCUCCGGACCAGAUGAAGAACCAGCCGAACCAAAAAUGCCUUCCCCAUUACCUUACAUAAAAGAUGAGCCGCCAGAUGAACCAGUUACUGCUGCAGAUUCUACUGAUUUACUAUUAGAAGAACUAUUUGAUCGAAAGGUCAAAUCAAUUGCAAAAGUACGCCAAACUAAAUUUCCACUCAAUCCAUCCUUCGAAACCAACGGUUUAGGUUUCAAAGUAAAAAAAGAAAUCACCGCUCAAAAGCCUUCUGAUUUCGAAAGCAAAACACAAAAAUUAAAUUUCGAUUCGCCAAAAGGCAAAAAACGUUCCUUUAAAAAUAAAUGUGCACGAAAUGUAAUCAUAAAAAAGAAAAGCCUUGUUCACCUAUCCCCGCAUGUUUCCAGAAGGAAAGCACUUCCUCAUAAAAUUAAAGAAGAGAUUUUGGAAAAUAUUAUACCAGCUUCAGAAAAUAGCAAUCAAAAUAAGGGUAGAAAUCGGGUAUCAAAACAACAAUCACGUAAAAAAUUAUUCCCCCCAAAGGUGUCACCUAAAAAGGAUUCACCUAAAAGAAUUCUACCUACAUUGAAAGAUAAAAAUUCCGGCGAAAUUUUUGCAUCUAAAAAAGAACUUUUACAACAUCGACGCAAACAAACACUUUCAGCAUUGAAAGUAGCUCAAAAAGAAAUAAAAAAAGAAUUGCUACCCAUAAAUGGCGAUGGGGCUGAAUUUUUAAAAUUUUUAAACGCUAAUGCAAUUCUAGCCGAUGUGAACUCUUCUGCAUGUAAGAUUAAUGCUGCGGGCGAUGGAACUUGCCUCUCUACCGAUAUAAAAUGUUCAACAGUUGUAACUGCUUCAAAUCAAGAAAAUAUAAACAUAGGAGGCGAUGUUUCUCUAAAACAUGAUGAUGACAAUGAAACCGCUGACGCAGAGUUAAAGAUCUUAAUAAAAGAAGAAAUCGUCGACAAUAUUUCAUCAAAACCUGACGAUUCUAAUCAGCCACCAAUUACAAUGCCUGACAUUCCUUUAGAUGGUGAUUUUGAUUUUGAAGAAAUAAUACAGUCAAAUAAGCUUCCAAAUUUCAACAACGUCAACCAAGUUAUCCAAACUCUCACAGAAGAAUAUAAGAAAGCAGAAAAUGUUAUACUAAAAGAGCCAGCUCCUCCUCCAGUUAAUGAAGCAAGUGAGGUUGUUGAGAGUCAGCCCUCAAUACAAUCUGCUGAAAUUCUUGAUGAACGAAAUAGACCUGGUUCAUUAUUUUUUCCAAUGCUGGAUGAUACUCAAAUCUAUAGUAUGGUAGCUAACUCGUUAAAUGAAAAAUACCGUUACGUAUGGAUUUGCCCCCUGUGUCCAAGGCAGUAUUAUCAAGUGCGCCCAUUCAAAAAACACCUUUUGACUAUCCAUUACCGAACUACAGAGGAACUUGAGGGAAAAACUUUUGAAUUAAGACCUGAAUUGGUUUUUGAAUCUGCUCCUGAUGAAACAUUUUGUCACUUAUGUCAUGUUACACUCGCCGACAAUGCCUCCCUAAUAAAACAUAAAAUAGAACUCCACCAAGAAGAAGAUCUCACUCAAACGCAGAAGAAAAAAUCAAUGCUACAUAAAUGUUACAUUUGCAGUAAAGUGUGUUCGACGCGAGGCUUAUUAGCAGAACAUAUGAAAUCGGAUUGUGGCAAGAAUCCACAACACGCGUGUAAUGUAUGCGACAAAAAAUUCCAUACAAAAAGUACUUUAACUUUACACAAAACUAUGCACACUGGAGAAUUGCCACAUUCGUGUGGAUAUUGUCAGAAAAGAUUCCGUACAAGAGGUCAGCUAACAGUGCAUACGCGGACGCAUACUGGAGAAAAACCAUUUCCCUGUAAAGUUUGUGGUCAACGUUUUACUCAUCGUGAAACUCUCAUUGCGCAUCUCUCUCGUCACAUUGACAUGAAACGCUACAAAUGUUAUGGCUGCGAUCAAUUCUUUUCCUGCAUUUCUGGCCUUAAAACGCACAGAGCGACGCGUCCAGAGACCUGUGGACGCGUCGAACUCAAUGCACGUGCAGUUGGACCGCGAGUUCGAGUUAUCAAAGGUAAUGUUAUCUUCGAACCGCAACCCAUAUACAAUGCAAGACUGGCAAAAACUCCGAGGCCCUUUCAGGAAUCAUAUAUCCUGGAUCAUAAUUAUCAUCUUAAAGAUCCUAGUCAGACAAAAAAAGUCUCCAAACAGACUGUAAAAAGUGAAGCUAUUGUUGUGGCGCCCUAGAAUUGGGGAAAGUGUUUUUUUUUUUUCAUAUUCUUUUUUUUUUAUUUCAUCGAAAAAUGUUUGUUUUUUUUUUCUACAGAAAUUGUAUAUUUUUAAUUAGUUUUUAAGCGAAAAUUGUUUUAAAAUUCCAAAAAAAAAACAUUGCAUCAUUUUAUAUACUCAACUAAAUAUAU